AUGACGCCAGAAGCAUUGGGGUCAUUGAUAGUCGGUGCCAGGUACGUCUUAUUACUAUAUCUCGAAUCUUCAUGGUUACCUACGUGCCUGACAAAUAUCACCCAGAUGGUCGGCCAAGGUAUCUUCCGCGUAUACCAACAGGGCAGGCCCAGAAGGUCCUUCAGAUCACUACUAUCCAGGGCGCCUGUAGACUCCAGAGAUGACCCAGCCUCCUGGACAAGCCUUGUUGCAAGGUCAAUCCUCUACCGGGUACGCCAGCCCAGUAAUUUCAAGGAACUUGGUCAAAGUGGCACCCCAGUUUGCGUGGUAGAAAACCUGCCCAACAAUGCUGGGAAGAUAGCAAAGGUGGCAGGGUUUUCAUCCUUUGUUCAGAUGUCCUCUGAUAGUCAGAGAUUCGACUUAGAAGGCGAGAGGCUCUACAAGAGGUUGGAGGAGGGAAGGGUGGCAUUCUACGGGGCUUUCCAGGUUCCGCCGGAGUUGCGGGAUGGAUAUCAGAUUGUAUAG